AGCACUGUAUAAAUUAACAAGAAGAAGGGUCUGAUUAGGAUUCAUGCCUAUUUAGGUCUACAUGGCAGUUCUGAGUCCUAAUUCCUGGGGGGAGGCACUUUGAAGAUGCUCAGAGUUACCCUUUCCUUCUUGCUUUACAGAUUGGGGAGAUGAGUUCCAACAGAGCAUGGCUUGUUGAAUUAAAGCCCCAAACUUUAGCAUAGGGACGCAGGGUGGUGUGUGGCAGGGGGCUGCCCCCUUCUUAACACCCUCUUUGUAGGUUAGGUCUGCAGAGCCCUCUGUCGUUUGCCUCAAGCUGUUCUCAGAUUAACAGACCCUGGCUUGAAUGGAUGGUUCCCCCCCUCACUUGCAACAGGUUCCGCAAGCCCAGAAGGCAAAUGGCCACAGACAGGCCAGGGAAAGCCUGGAAGGGGAAAGGUGGACUUGACGAGGAGGAGGAGGAGGAGGGGACAAUUUUGGUGCUGGAAAAAAACUGGCGACCCUGUCCGAAAACGCGGAGGAGGGUGAGAGGCUGCCUGGAGGGCAUCAAGCGCCAGCUCUUCCGUGUCGGGGACGACUGGUACUUCCUUUUCGCGCUGGGGGUGAUCAUGGCUCUGGUCAGCUUCGCCAUGGACUUCACUGUCUCCAGGGUGGCCCACGCCCACAUGUGGCUCUACCAAGAGAUCGGGGAUUACCUGGUGCUGAAAUAUCUCUCCUGGACGAUGUACCCCAUUGCUUUGUCGGCCUUCUCCACCGGCUUUGCACAGAGCAUCACCCCACACUCUGGAGGUUCCGGCAUCCCCGAGCUCAAGACCAUCCUGACCGGGGUCCUCCUGGAGGAGUAUCUGGCCAUCCAGAACUUUGGAGCCAAAGUCGUGGGGCUCACCUGCACCCUGGCCUGUGGGAGCACCAUCUUCCUCGGGAAAGUCGGGCCUUUCGUCCACCUCUCCAGUAUGAUCGCUGCCUACCUGGGAAGAGUUCGGACCAGCGUCUCCGGGGACUACGAGGAUAAAAGCAAGCAGAACGAGAUGCUGGUGGCAGGAGCAGCUGUGGGUGUGGCGACCGUCUUCGGGGCCCCCAUCAGCGGGGUCCUCUUCAGCAUCGAGGUCACGUCCUCCCACUUCGCGGUCCGGGACUACUGGAGGGGCUUCUUCUCGGCCACCUGCGGAGCCUUCAUGUUCCGCCUCCUGGCCGUCUUCAACAGCGAACAAGAAACCAUCAUGGCCCUCUUCAAAACCAGCUUCGAGAUGGACUUCCCCUUCGACCUGCCAGAGACCUUCCUCUUCAUGUUCCUGGGUGGCGUCUGCGGCGGCGUGAGCUGCGCCUACCUCUUCUGCCAGCGCUGGUUCCUGGGAUACGUCCGGAGGAACCCGUUCACGGCCAAGCUGCUCGCUUCGGAAAAGCCCCUCUACUCGGCUCUGGUCGCCCUGCUGCUGGCCUCCGUCACCUUCCCACAGAGCCUGGGACAAUUCAUGGCCUCCAAGCUGAGCAUGAAGGAGCUCCUCAACUCUCUCCUCGACAACCGCACCUGGGGCGUCCUUGCCCAGAAUGCAUCGCUGGUGGCGCGGCCUCUUCAAGUGGACCCCAACAACCUCUGGCUGGAGUGGUGGGACCCCCACAUCACCAUCUUCGGCAGCCUGGUGGUCUUCCUGGUGAUGAAGUUCUGGAUGCUGAUCCUGGCCACGACUAUGCCCAUGCCUGCUGGAUACUUCAUGCCCGUCUUCGUUUACGGGGCUGCCAUCGGGCGGCUGGUCGGAGAGGGGGCCGCCUUUCUCUCCCGCCGGGGCCUGACAUCGGAGGGGGGGACCAGCCCCAUCACUCCCGGAGGAUACGCCCUGGCAGGGGCAGCCGCCUUCUCGGGCUCGGUCACCCACACCCUCUCCACGGCCUUGCUGGUGUUUGAGAUGACGGGCCAGAUCGCCCACAUCCUGCCCGUCACCCUGGCCGUGCUCAUCGCCAACGCCAUUGCGCAGAAGUUCCAGCCCUCCUUCUACGACGGCACCAUCAUCGUCAAGAAGCUCCCUUACCUGCCUCGCAUUCGGAGCAGGCACAUCGGCUCCUACAAGGUCACCACACAGGAGUUCAUGAACAGAGAAUUCACGGCCUUGCCCAAAGACGCCACCUUCCCAGAGAUACUCAGAGUGGUCACCUCAACAGACGACGCGGAGUUUCCGGUGGUGGACAGCGCUGAGACUUUGAUGCUGGUGGGAAUGGUCCAGAGAUCAGAGCUGAUCAAAUUUCUCCAGACCCAUGACGAUGCCAGCCUGCCCCACAAGGAGCGCGGGGAAGAGUCUCCAUCCUGCCGGAGCCUGGGCUACGGUUGCGUCAUCAGUCCGGUGACGCUGCAGCUCUCCCCUUGGACGUCUCUGCACCAGGCGCACAACCUUUUUGAGCUGUUAAACCUGCAACGCACCUUUGUCACCCAGCUGGGAAAGAUGGUUGGGGUCGUCUCCAGGAACGAGAUCAGGAAAGCCAUCGAAGACCUGGCAAACCCCAAGACCACCAAGUAAGCAAGAGGGACGACCCCCUCCCUCCCUCCCUCCCAGCUCCUGGGGAGGGGGAGAUGCUGGCACAGCCACCCACUCAGCUGUCUGCAGAGGACCUCACUGGAGCAACCGCCUGCUGCUUGGGCUUUGGACCUUGGAGUCUGGCUUUGUGUGCAAAUUAAAAACCUACGUUCCAA